UUAAAGUGUAAACUAAAACAUUUUUAAGUUUUAAACAAAUUAUUUGAUUUGCUUUAAAUAUGGCCACUCAGCAUUUCACCAAUGGCAGCGGCACCGACGAUGGGGAGACCGCACUCGAACAUAUCAUCAAAUCAUUGGAGACUCCAACAAUGAAGUGCGAGGGUACACAUUUCGAUUCCCAUGUGCCGCACACGUUUGUCAUCUUUGGUGCUUCGGGUGAUUUGGCCAAAAAGAAAAUCUAUCCAACCUUGUGGUGGCUUUACCGUGAUAAUUUACUGCCGAAAUCAACUAAAUUCUGCGGUUAUGCACGUUCGAAGUUAACGAUUGAGGAGUUGCGGGCGAAGUGUCAUCAAUACAUGAAGGUGCAACCGGACGAGCAGGCAAAAUAUGAGGAAUUCUGGCAGAAUCAUGACUACGCUGCGGGUAGCUAUGAUCAGCGCAGUGAUUUUGUGGCUUUAAAAGAACGUUUGAGCAGUUUGGAGAGCUGCAAUUGUAGUUGUAAUCGCAUAUUUUAUUUGGCCUUACCGCCGUCCGUCUUUGAGCGAGUCACUGUGAACAUUAAGGACAUUUGUUUGGCUGAACGCGGCUGGAAUCGCGUUAUUAUCGAAAAACCUUUUGGUCGCGACGAUGUCACUUCAAAGAAACUAAGCGAUCAUCUCGCAUCACUCUUCCACGAGGACCAACUCUAUCGUAUCGAUCAUUAUCUGGGCAAGGAAAUGGUGCAGAAUCUAAUGACCAUUCGCUUUGCCAAUAAAAUUCUCAACUCCACAUGGAAUCGGGAAAAUAUCGCCUCAGUGCUGAUUACAUUCAAGGAACCCUUCGGCACACAAGGACGCGGCGGCUACUUUGACGAGUUUGGCAUUAUACGCGAUGUCAUGCAAAAUCACCUGCUGCAAAUAUUGUCUUUGGUCGCCAUGGAGAAACCCACCUCCUGCCAGCCGGAUGAUAUACGCGAUGAAAAAGUUAAAGUAUUGAAAAGCAUUCCAGCACUUACAUUGGACGAUAUGGUUUUGGGUCAAUAUGUGGGCAAUCCAAAUGGCGUUGGUGAGCAACGCGAGGGGUAUCUCGACGAUCCGACAGUGUCGAACGAUUCCAACACACCCACUUACGCGCAGGGUGUAUUGCGUAUCAAUAAUGAACGUUGGGACGGCGUACCCUUCAUCUUACGUUGCGGUAAAGCGCUGGACGAACGGAAAGCCGUGGUGCGUAUACAAUAUCGUGAUGUGCCUGGCGAUAUUUUCGAGGGCAACAGCAAACGUAAUGAGUUAGUUAUACGUGUGCAACCCGGCGAGGCGUUGUAUUUCAAAAUGAUGACCAAAAGUCCGGGUAUAACUUUCGAUAUAGAGGAGACCGAGUUGGACUUAACCUAUGAGCAUCGCUACAAAAACUCCUACCUGCCGGAUGCCUACGAACGUCUCAUUUUGGAUGUAUUCUGUGGUUCACAAAUGCAUUUCGUGCGUUCCGAUGAGCUGAGCGAGGCGUGGCGCAUCUUCACGCCGGUCUUGAAUGAAAUCGAAAACAACAAGGUUAAACCCAUACCUUAUGUAUUUGGUUCACGUGGUCCCAAGGAGGCGGAUCAGAAGACGUCGGAGAAUAACUUCAAAUAUUACGGUUCCUACAAGUGGAUUGGAAAGAAAUAGAGUUUGGUGUGGCUAAAUCUAUGGCAGCAGUGUGCACCUACGUACAUACAUAUGUUUGUAUGUAUGUAGGGGGACCAAUGAAUAAGAUAAACGCGUAGAAAAGACAAAUACUUAAGCGAUUGUAUAAGCAAUUUGAAGAAAAUGAUUGUGUACAUAUGUACAUACAUAUUUGUAUAUUUGUAUAUUUGUAAAUGUACUCGUAGCUUGUAGUUAAUGAUGUAAUGAAUGGAUUGUGCGAGCGACCUCUGAACUUUGUACCAGAGCAUCGGGUAUACAAUAAUACUUUUUGUUAAAUGGAAUAAUGGAUUUGUAAAUAAAAUAAGUUUUUUAAGCCAAUUUUUUUUUGCUCAAAAUGAAAUACAAAAUAAAACCUAAAGGACAAGUGUAAAAA